CUAUCGGACGAUCUCUUCCUUUGCGCGAUGCCGCGGUGUGGCUCUGCCGCGCUCUGACCCUGUUCUCUGGGUUUGCAAGACAUUUGAUCAAAGUCUCGUCCACGGGAUUUCGCCGCAGUUUUACCAGAUUUGCUGAGGUACCGGGGAUGCUGGUACUGCUUCUGACCGUGUGUCUGACCAUCGUCACAACUACAGGAUCUGAACCAACACAAGUCACAGGGGCAUUCGGAGGCGAGGUCGUCCUGCCCUGCCGAGGCAGCGCCAGGCGCGACAGGGUGUACUGGCAGAAGAGCCGGACCCAGAGCGCCAGGGAGAAGGUGGUGAAUGCUCUCUGCCUCCCGUCAGAGCCGUGCUCGGACCGUGUCGACCCUGCUUAUGCCGGCCGCUCCAGCUUCCCGGCCAACGGCACGGGAGGGGAUUUCUCCCUGCUGCUUCGUGAGCUCACGGUGGCUGAUGAAGGGCUGUACGAAUGCAUCCUCCUGAACAGAGCGGUCGUCUCUCAGAGAAUAGUCAACCUCAGCAUCGAAGCUAAAUACAGCCAGCCGGAGGUGAAGCAGCUGUCUCCCGGGACCAGUGACGUGGUGAACCUGACCUGCAUCUCCUCAGGGGGCUACCCCCUCGCCACACUGCUCUGGGUUAAAGGGAGCAGCGGGGAGGCCCUCUGCAAAGGGCAGGAUCUGACCAGCUACAGCCAGGACCACCGGAGGAUGUACCAGUUACGCAGCCAGCUGCAGCUCCCAGUGCAACAUGGCCCCGUCUCCUGUUGGCUCAGGACCCGGGGGGGCGAGGUCCUGCACUCUGCCCAAUUCAGAGCAGUCAGUGCACACGGGAAACCACCGGCUGACACCCUCCUUGGACUGCCUGGCGGGCAGCCGGGCUUCAGCCAACUCAGCAGCACCGUCGUCAUCAUCUCCAUCCUCGCCUGGAUCGGCCUCUAGCCGCAGAACUUCCUCUCUCCUGUCCCUCACCCUGGGGACAGAGACUGACUGAGGUGUGCCCUGCAUGAGGCAGUCACGUUGGUGGGGGAGCAGGUGGCUUCUGAGUCCAAACUCCCCACCCACCUUCACAGAUUGACCCUUCUGACCCAGGGAUACAGGGAGAGUGGUCUCGGAGUUACGGACUGCAGGGGUCGAUGUGGUGGAGAGAGUACUUUAAACCAGAGUAAAGGAAGGAUUUGUGGUUCCUACACCUCUCUCCUUCUCUGGGACCUCCUCCCCCCACAAGUGAACCAUCCCAACAAGCUGGUCCUCACCAUUAACCGUUGUGAUCGGCACCAGUGACCAGGGUCUGUGAGGAGUUUGCAUGAUCACGGGGGUUUCAGCCAAGUGCUACAGUUUCCUCACACUUUUCAAAGAUGUACGUGUUAGCGUUAGCCACUCGUGGGCAUGCUAUGUUGGCGCAGGAAGUGUGGUGACACUUGCAGUCUGCCCAGCACAUUGUCGAUGCAAAUUCCUUUUGUUGGGCAGAGGAGGUGGAGUGGGGUGAGAGAUAGGAGAAGCACAGGCCUGCUCCAGAUGGACGCAGUCCUCAGUGGAGAGACCUUUACUGUGCUUGGUGUCGGUUGUUGAACCGUCUUGUCAAUCACCGGGGAAUUAUUGUCUCCCAUUGGAUCACCUAACCUGGAGAGAUGUUUGGAAUUUAUGUUUAUGUGCAAUAAAAUUAAUAUUAAUUUUUGUGA